AUGGUAACAGAGCAAAUUAUAUAUGACAAGCUAGCUAAUGAUGUGCCAGAGUUCGACCAAGCUUUAAUAGUGGACUCUUCUGCUGGAUGUGGGCAAUCUUUUGAUAUCGUUGUAGUUAGCAACUGGUUCGAAGGAAAAAACAGGUUACAACGUUCUAGAGCAAUUAACAAGAUUCUAAAAGCUGAAAUAGCGGAAAUGCAUGCUGUAAGGGUCAAAUGUUAUACCGUCGAUGAAUAUGCCAAGUUAUCUGCGUAA